CCAUGGACUCACACACAUUUCGCCCUUUUCAUUUCCUUCCCCUCUGACGCCGUCUGCCGGUCUCCCGGUACCAGUCCGAUGGCGUCCCCGCGGCUGGAGACCUUCUGCUGUCCCAACAGAGACCCGGCCACGGACUUCGUGGUCUCCUUCCAGCCCCAGCUGUUCAGCGCGCUGAGCGUGGGCAGCGCGAGCCUCAGUCUGAUCUUCACCAUCCUGCAGAUCCUCCCGAAGCGGAGGGGUUACCGCAGACUCGGGCCCUACCCCAUCCCGAAGCCCGCGUCCUCCUCCCGGAUCCUCUUCAUCAUCAGCAUCUGCGACAUCCUGGGAUGCACAGGCAUCGUGGUGCGGUCGUCCAUCUGGCUUGGCCUUCCCAACGUCGUGGAGAAGAUCUCCGCCAACAACAGCAGCGAUGUCUGGCCGGAGGUCUUCUGUGUGGGCAGUGCGAUGUGGAUCCAGCUGUUCUUCAGCGCCUCCUUCUGGUGGACCUUCUGCUACGCCGUGGACGUGUUCCUGGUGGUGAAGACCUCCGCGGGGAUCAGCACCAUCAUCCUCUACCACAUGAUCACAUGGGGGCUGGCCCUGCUGCUGUGUGCUGAAGGUGUUGCCAUGCUCUACUACCCCUCCAUCUCAGACUGUGAGAGCGGCCUGCAGCACGCCAUCCCGCACUACGUCACCACCUACGCCCCCAUGCUGCUGGUGCUCAUCGCCAACCCCAUCUUCUUCAUCCGGACCACCUCCGCAGUCACGUCGCUCUUGAAGGGCCGACAGGGCAUCUACACGGAGAACGAGAGGCGGCUCGCCACCGAGAUCAAAAUACGCUUCUUCAAGAUAAUGCUGGUCUUCAGCGUCUGCUGGGUCCCCAACAUCGUCAACGAGGGCCUGCUCUUCUUCCUGGAGGUCCAGCCGGACAUCAGCGACAGCAGCCUGCGGGCAGUGCGCAACGCCGCCCUCAUCACCUGGUUCUUCAUGGGGAUCCUGAAUCCCAUGCAGGCCUUCCUCAACACGCUGGCCCACCGCGGCUGGACCGGCCUGGACGUGGACCUGAGCCUCCAGCGCCGGAAGGAGAGGGCCUGGGACUCCAUGUCCACCUCCGCCCCCAACGGGGCCGGGACGGGCUACAACCCCAUGGUGGGCACGCUGCUGUUCCAGAGCCACAUCCAGGAGGGCGACAAGAACCUGACGGGGAACGACCUCCAGCCCUCCGACUCUAUGGGCGCACACUCAGAAGGUGGCUCAGAGUCUAGUACAGUAGAGAUCCACAUGUCCAGUGAACGGCAGGACUUUGAGGACAUAGACGCAGACGCCGAAUCCCUGAACAACUCAGUGAGGAACUAGAGCAUGACAUCAUCCAAGCCCCCCUUGUCUCCCUAUGACAUCAU